CGUACUCGCCUGGCGUCACUGCUCCGCCCUGCGCGACCAGGCUGACGCAACGUGCCUUCGUCGGCCCCCCGUCGCCCAUUGGCGAGGAAUACAGCACGGCCCUCCCUCCGGAAGUGGCGGACGUUUCCUCUUCGGCUUGGUGGUCGCGGGAGCUCAAGCCUGGAACCAUGGUGUGCAUUCCCUGUAUCGUCAUUCCGGUUCUGCUCUGGAUCUACAAAAAAUUCCUGGAGCCAUACAUAUACCCUUUGAUUUCCCCCUUCAUUAGUCGAGUGUGGCCUAGAAAAGCUUUACAAGAAUGCAAUGAUAAAAACAAAGGCAAAGUAGACUAUAAGGGUACAGACGUAAUUGGAUUACCAACAAAAGGACCAACAGAAAUCUCUGAUAAAAAGAAAGACUAAAGUGAUUGUCCCAAAGGAUCUCAUUGUUUUAAAAAUGGACCUGAUAAUUUGAAGCGCCUUGUUUGUAGUUGUCUGUGACCUUUUUCUCUGAGACCAGAUUUGGGGGUAGAUAGUUUAGAUAUUUACCUGACACUAAUAGGAAAGUUUACUUAAAAUGUAUUUAAUUAUAUUUAAUUCCUGAGUUCCUUUUGCAUUAAGGUAGCGUUCAUUGCUAUUUCAGUUUUAAUUAUGAAUAAGUAGAAGCUUUGUGCCAGAAGACACUUACAAUCAGUACCUAACAAUCCUUGGCUUUCCAGCUUUUAUUGAGGCUCUUCAAAUUUGAGUGGAGUAUAAUAUUACUGUGAAACAAUGCAGUGAAAUGAAAGUUUUGUAGAUGAGAAUGACUUGAAACACAAAUAUAAAAUUCCUGUCUAACAUAACGGAGCACUUAGCUAUGAGAAUUGUAAUUACUGUUUUAUUGCUCUGAGGAAGAUAGAAAAGACAGGGAAAUGGGAGAAAUUCUUUGAAAAAUGGAACAUCUUUUACAUAAAUGUCUAAUGUAUAUUAUAAAAUUGUAAUCCUUGAUGCAUUCCUUCUAUUCCUACAAAAUUAUUAAAUAUGCAGUUCAGCUUGCA